AUCUCUAACCUCGUUUUGGUUUGGCCUGGAAUGGCCUAUGGACGGAAGCAGCUGCAUCUUGCGUAAAAACCAAACUUACGGAAAGAUAUUUCUGGUCAAUACGCUGAAAUGUGGUAAAGAUUUAAAACGAAGAGUUUCUUAGCUAUGGAUCUUUCUAACCUUCUUCGGGAUUUGAAAGAAGUGGAAAUUAAUGCCAACCCACAUGCGACGCUGAGUAAAUUGACAGACUUCAACAAAAAGAAUAGUGACAAAUUCGAAUGUCAAAAGUCGAGUGCAGAAGUUCGCAGUGAACUGAUUGGGAUUCUCUUUAAACUUGCCAAAGAAUAUGACAAUAAACUAAAUGACCAAGCUGCAGAGCAUUCUGUUGCCUUGGCGUUGAAGGAAGUGCUGAUAUGCAUAAAAGUUCUCAGCAGAGUGAAAGAAAUUGCUUUCACUAUGGGGAAUGGUGGAAAGUUUGUGGACGAGUUAGCUGAAAGAGCAAACAUUGAAAAUGGUCGCGACAGAGAUGCAAUAAAAGGAUCUGAUGGAGAAAAAGAAGUCCAAAGAUUAAACAUUUUGAAAGAAGCGGAACUUGAAGCUGCAAAAAUAAUUUGCAAUUGUGUUUUUCAUUGCCAAGAAUUCAGAAGACAUUUCUCUAAAAGUAGACACUCAAAGUUAGUUACGAAAAGGCUCGGUGAAUUAGUUACAAGGCUAGACAAAGAGAAAGAGCUAUGUUCCAUGCUGAUAAAGGUUCUCUUUCUCAUGUCAGCAUUGGACAUAAAUGAAAGAGAAAAAAUGAGAACAGAGUAUAAAACAGAUGAGAUGUUGAUUACUUUUCUUGCUGCAGUACUCAAAACUUUUGAGGGGUCUAUAGAAGAAGGAAGUUCUGGUAGCACUCAAAAGAUGCUGGAUCAGAAAGUUGAUGCCAGUGUAACAUUAGUUAUAGAAGUGCUCAAGGCUCUGUUUAAUGUCACUGUCAAUGUUGCUGAUGCAUCACUAAUAGAAGAGCAGGCAUGUAAAAAUUACUGCACCUUAUCUUGCCUGCUUCAGGAGUACCUUGUACAUCCACAUUUUGCAUCUGUCUUACCCAGUGCCCUGGUUGGUCACAUUGCAAACAUGUUCAUCAACAUCCCUAAAGGCUGCUUGCAAGGUUUAUUGCCAUCCGUGAAAAGAAGACCAUGGCAAGAACAGGUUCCAAAAUUCAAAGACUAUCCAUGUGAAUAUGAGCUGAAAGAUGUAUCAGCAGUGAUUGUACUUAUCACAUGCCUGGAUGAAGAGCUAAAACAGAAGGCUCCUGUCAAAGAUGAUGAGUCCCACACUUUUUCUAUCCUGUCCUGCCUGUGCCAUAUUUGUCGCUGCUUGCGUUUGACAAGAAAGUAUUUACGUUUUCAAAUACUUCCACCUUUAAAAGAUGCCACAGCUCGUCCAGAGAUGGAUGAAAGCCUGAAAGGGAGGCUCAUAAAGUUGAUGACUAAUCCAAACACAAACGUUAAGAAUAUGGCUGCAGAUUUUCUGUUUGUACUUUGCAAAGAAGAUCCAGAUCGACUUGUGAAGCACACAGGCUAUGGAAAUGCUGUGGGGCUCUUGGCUGGAAGAGGAUUAAUGGGAAGAAAAAGUGCCAAUAGAACUGGUGAUUACUCUUCAGAUGAUGAUGAUUCUGAAACUGAAGAAUAUUCUGCUAUUGCUAAAGAUAUUGAUCCAAUAACAGGGGCAAUCUCAUCCAAAAGCAAGGAACCUGACCCAUUUCAGGGCAUGUCAGAAGAAGAAAAGGAAGCCAGCGCACAAGAAUUAAUGACCCUUUUGGAUAAAAUGUCAUCUCUAGAUAUGAUCAAGCCUAUGAGAAUUGGAGAGAAUGGCAGGCCAGAGGUUUUCAAUGUUGAAGAGGCAAAACAACUUGUAAAGGAACAACUAAAUAAAGAUAAAUAACAAGAGCUUUUUUAUUCCAAACAUUUACCUACUAGAUAACUCUACAGUGACUUGGUAUUUUGAUUCAACAGGAUAUACAGCUAGCAAGGCAUAUUUUGAUGGUAAGCAAGAAUUACUCUAACCUUUGUCAGUCACAUGACUAUGCAAUAUAGAAAGGUUUCACUUGAUACAUUUUUGACUUUAAGUCAAUUUUUUAUGCCACAACUAAAAUCCAUUUCGUGGCUGAGAUGUGACCUUGCAUGGAUAUAAGCUGUUUAAAAAUUUAUUCAACAAAAUGAUAUUUUCUCUGAAAAUAUUUUUUUAAAAUAUCAUUCCAUCCACUAUCAAACAAAAUCUAUCAAUUUUUUACUUUAUUUUGAGUACCUUAUUUUGUUGAUAUUAAAAGUUGAGAAAAACAGAAAGGUUCUGUGCUCUAAAAUGUUAGUCAAAUCCACAACUAAAUUCAUAAUUUUAUCUCUCUCUUGUUUAUCUUUAUCAACAUCAAGGCAAACAUAUCUCCACUCAUCUCCACUCAUCUUUAAUGCAGGGGUGGGCAACCUACAGCCCGCAGGCCAGAAUCCGGCCAUAGGGAGAGAAUUUUGUGGCCCAUGAGAUGAAAAGUAUAAUAUUUUUGGUUGGCAAGGAUGAUUUUCUGAGGAGUUGCAAAUAUCAAAUGAAACACAUCGAUUCAAAAUAAGAUUAUCUAAUAUCUUCAUCAAACCUGAGAAUAAUGGAAAGAUUUGUUCACUAUCCAUUGUUACGAAUUCAUCCUGCUUAAAGACAGGACAGUAGAAUCUUUGAGGGAUUGGAUGAAAAUUAACAAAUAGAGCAAGAAAGAACCUUACUGGGUGCACUCAUGGAAGUUGAGCAGGGGUCAAGGUUGUUUCUAUUUUGUCAUGUCUGAGUUGCUAGUGUGCUGGGGGCCCUAUUUUGGAUAAAUUGGUGUUUAAGUAUAUUUAAAUGAAUGGUCUGGAUAAAAGGCUGAUGCUAAACAUUGAUUGGUGGAUAAUUCUGCAUUUCUUUCCUAGGAUGUUAUCUCAAAAACUGAAUGAUAUCCAUUUUAAUUUUGAUUGGUUUUCUUCAGUUUUCCCUUUUGUACAUACAAUUGUGACAGUCUUAUCUUUUGUUGCAAACUUUCCAUGUUGCACAUACGAUUGUAACAGUCCUAUCUUUUAUUGCAAACUAUCUAGUAUGUAGACAAGAGGUUUGUAAUUGCAGUGUAGUUGAAUUUCAAUGCAAAUUUUUAAUUAUCAUGAUUAUCAUCUUAAUUCAACUAUUGUAUUCAUUUUUCCUAUUACCCUUGUCUGCUUAAAGGGAAUGUUUGACUGAUCUGGCCCAGUCUCCAAAAGGGUUGCCCACCCCUGUUUUAGUGGAAAGGUCAUUAUACUAUGUUUGACCCUUAUCAUCUUUUAAAUAUAUUAUAUAUUCAAAUUAACACAUUGUAAAAAGAUCUUUAGGAUUUGUAUUUUAUAGCAUGGAUUUGUGGUAUCUGAAGUAAAUUAAUAUUAAAUGAGCAAUAGAUAUCUCAUUUGCAUAAUUAGUUGCUAGCUGAUGGAAAAUUUCAAUCAACAAAUGCAAAAGCAGUUUAUCAAUAAUUUUACCUUAUAAUCUUCUUUCCAAACUAUGAUAUUUUCAAUUGACACUCUAAUUGUUUUCAAAAAGAGAAAUGGCAAGGAGCACAUUUUAAAAGGUUUAUUGUGAUAGACCAAUUAUAAAGUGAUGUGUUGGGGCAAAAAUUUUGGAAUCAAAUAUCACGAUUUUCUUUCCACUCAACAUUUAUACUUUGCAUUAACUAGCCCCCUCCUUUUGAAAACUCAUCCAUUUGAAAAGUCAUAUUGUAAGAGAAUCGUUAUUUACAGGCAGUUUGUUCCAUUGAAGGAGAAAAUUUUACCCUGAGCUGUUUCCCUUGCAAAUAUAAGAUAGGUAAUCUGAGAAGAUCAUCUAAAGCUUAAAGUGCUUAUUGAAAAAAGUUCACUUUUCCUAUUUUC